GACUCGGUGUCUUAUUUAUUUUGCGCGACCUUUUUUUGAAGGACAGAGGACACGACUGUCAUUUCUGCUGGACGAGGUGUUGAUAGACAUAUUGGCUGUUGUGUGGCGCAAAAGUGUGACGAAAUAAAUUCGUCCUUCUCGGAAUUAAAUCGGACCCGCAACAAUGGCGAACGUGCACGGCAAGAACGCCCUGCUGUCUUUCGCUGUAAUUGUCAGUGCAUUAGACGUGGUUUUCGGACAGAUUCGCUACACGGUUCCCGAAGAGCUGGAACGAGGAGCAGUGAUCGGUAACAUCGCUGAAGAUUUGGGUUUGAACGUUGGAGAAUUGCUGACUCGCAGAGGCCGGCUUGUCUCCGGCGAUAUUAAGCCAUACGCGGAGUUAAAUUUAGAGAAUGGGGUUUUGUUUGUCAACGAGAGGAUGGAUAGAGAGAAGCUUUGUGGACCAAUCCCAACCUGUAUUCUUUCGUUUCAAAUUGUGAUUGAGAAUUCGCCAGAAAUAUUCCACGGUGAAGUGGAGAUUGUCGAUAUAAACGAUAAUUCGCCCAGUUUCCCGGAGGGCGCUAUUCGCUUGCAGAUGGCUGAAUCCAUUGCAGCAGGCUCUCGCUUUCCGCUAGAGAGCGCACUCGAUCCGGACGUGGGGGUAAAUGCAGUCACCACUUACUCGAUAAGCCGUACUGAACACUUUACCCUGAAAACGGAGACCACGGAAGAGGGCAUUACAAUUGCGGAGUUAUUAUUGGAGAAACCCUUGGAUCGUGAGAGACAGUCAUCUUUUCAGCUGGUGCUUACCGCCGUCGACGGAGGAAGCCCUCGGAGGUCCGGGACAGCUCGGGUUGUCAUUACUGUGUUGGACAGCAACGAUCACGCACCGAUUUUCGAUCGGAAGCUGUACAAAGCCAGCCUGAUGGAAAACUCACCCAGUGGCACCGCUGUGGUCACUGUGCACGCCUCGGAUGCAGAUGAAGGUCUGAACGCAGAGGUAACAUAUUCUUUCAGCAGCCUCGCUUCACUGAAAGUGCAAGAAUUGUUCAAUUUGGAUCGGUGGACAGGAGAGAUUAGAGUUAAAGGAAAGCUCGACUUCGAAGGAGCAAGCAGCUACACGCUGGGCGUUGAAGCUGUGGACAAAGGUUCGCCAGCUAUUGCAGGGCACUGCAAAGUCCAGAUCAAGGUAACUGACGUAAAUGAUAACGCGCCGGAAAUAGAAGUGAACUUAGUGACACGCAAGGUUCCCGAGAAUGCGGUGAGCGGGACACUGAUCGCACUGAUCAAUGUCAUCGAUCGCGAUUCUGGACGGAAUGGAGGCGUGCACUUUCAGAUUCCGGUGAAAAUUCCCUUUAAGUUGCAGACAUCUCCCGGUAAUCAUUAUAAACUAAUUACCAAUGACUCGUUAGACCGUGAAACUUGUGCAGUAUACAAUAUUCCUCUGUUAGCCUGGGAUUCGGGGUCUCCGCCGAGAUCAGGAAAUAAAACUAUCCAGGUGUGGGUUUCCGAUAUAAAUGAUAACAUCCCCAAGUUUGCCAAACCCACCUACACCGUUUACGUGAUGGAGAACAACGCUCCUGGUGCUUCUAUUUUCGCAGUAACUGCUUCAGAUCCUGAUUUGGACCAGAACUCAUAUGUUUAUGCUAUUAUAGAGAGCCUUGUCGAAGACUGGCCGGUGUCAAGCUAUUUCAACGUUAAUCCCAUAAAUGGUACUAUUUACGCGCUGCGCUCUUUUGACUACGAGAAUAUAAAAAACUUCCAGAUCCGCGUACAAGCCCGUGACGCCGGGGUGCCCCCCUUAAGCAGCAGCGCCACUAUGAAUGUGAUCAUCCUGGAUCAAAAUGACAACCUGCCGGUAAUUGUUUCACCUUCAGAACAGAGUGGAUCAACAACAGUGGAGAUCGUGCCUCAGUCAGCGGGCCAAGGGUACUUGGUCACCAAGAUAAUGGCAACUGAUGCAGAUUCUGGUCAGAAUGCGCGGCUCUCCUUCCAAAUGCAGAAAUCCACUGAUCCCAGUUUAUUAAAUGUUGGGCAAAACUCGGGUGAAAUUAGAACAACUCGGAAUAUUUUGGAGUCCGAUAAAGCCACACAGGCUCUCGUCAUCUUGGUUAAGGACAAUGGGCAACCCAGCCUCUCCAGCACGGUUACAAUGCUCCUUAACAUUAUGGACAACAUUACUGAAAGAACCACUGAAAGCAGUAAUUUUGUAACGCAUCCCGAAUAUUUUUCUGAUCUUAAUCUAUAUUUAAUCGUCAUUUUCGGUUGCACUUCCGUCCUGUUUCUUGUGACCGUCAUUCUGUUGAUUGGCAUCAAGUGUAACCAAGAGAGAAAUGCCACCCAUGAUUACAAUCCUCCCAGUUGUUGCUGCAGCCUCGAAGUUUCGAACGACAACUUUCGUCCAACACCUCAAGUGAAGGAAUACUUCGAUGAUACCAGGGCAAGCGCGAUGGUCUGCAUGCCAGACACUCAACACUAUUCUGUUUGCUUGACUCCAGAAUCAGCGAAGAGUGAUUUCCUUUUUUUGAAGCCUUUCCCAACGCCGAUAUCUCAGCUCCAGUGUUAAUCUGUAAAGGCCCGGUGACAUCAAAUCUUGGAUUUCUUUUUUUAAAUCCAGGUAAUUGAAUCGGUGACAAUUAAGUUCUAAAAACUGAUGGUAACAAAACC